GACACAGGUGCAGAAGUGGUGGUCCAGGAUGAACUAUUUCCUGGAGUGCAAGAAAACAGUAAAUAUUUUGAAGAGGAACAAAAGGUCAACGAGCUGAUAAACGAAGUGGCUGAGCUGGAUAUUGUGCUUAUAAAUGAGCAACUAAAAGAGCUGGAGUUUGACUGCAUGAUUAAUGAGUUUGUCUACCAGGUAAUGUACAAACACUGUGCCUUAAUGCAGUCCUCAAUGAAAAAUUUGUCAACAGAAAAAGAUAAUAUAAAAAUGGGCCCCAUCAACAACACGGUUCUUCUGGAGAAAAUUAAGGCAUGCAUAGAGUCCUUACGAAAAGAAAGAGAUGUCUUAAACCAGUUGAAAGCUCAGCAAGAAGCUUUAUCUCAGCAUUUAACAUGCAUGGAUAAAGUGUUAACUGAAAGCCAAGUGAGGCAGCUGGAGCAAUGGUGGCAACACAUGGAACAAACAGUGCAAAAGAAACAUGAUCAAGUUGUGGCAGAAAUCGAUGAAUUUAACCUGCUUAUGAAUAAAGCACAGGAUAUCCAGAGACUGAUACAAGAACAGCAUUUACAAGCAGAGUCAUAUUCCUCAGCUGCAGGAAAAGCCAAAUACCCUGUACUUUGGACCACAGAGCUACAGGAUAUUAAACAUGGUUUUUCUUUAUUAAAAAGAAGGAUUGAACUGCAGAUGAAAAGAAUUUGGAGUGAUCAAGAGAAGGUAGCUUUGGAGACCUCUAUUCUUGAUUUGCAGAGCAAAUUGGAAGCAUUAUCAGCACAACAAACUCCUCAAGAGGAUGUUCAGAUAAUUGGUCCUGCUUUCAUGAAACAUGAAAUGAUGAAGAGGCUGAAAGAAAAUAUUUCAUGGGUCAAAGAUUCACUGUCCUCUCUCGAUCAGAAAGCUGCACUUUUUCCCAGUGAUGUUGAAUCACAGAUCAGAAGUUGUCAGCUUAUGAACACAGAAGUUCUAAACAGAGAGCCUGUGAUUGUCUCACUGGAGCAGGGGCUCCAGCAUAUUGUUCUCAGCCUGAAGCCAGAGGAAAUCUCUGAUAUUACCUUUCUUUUGCAAGCCUUGCAGAAUUCAUACAAGGUUCUUGUUUUAAAGUCAGCUCAAAGAUUACAGCAACUAGAGCUCCACCUGGGGGAGAGGCAAAGACUUGUUGCAGAAAUGGAAAAAGUUCAUUGUCAGCUUCGAAAGGCUGAGAUGCUUGCCAGGCCUGACAUGAACCAAAGCAGCACAUGGUCAGAAAUGAUCCACCAACAAGCCAUUUUAAAGGAGAUUUUAAAGGACAUACAAGAAAUAGAAGGGCUUAUCUCAUCCUACUGUAAAGAGAGUCAGGUCACAGCUGGGGAACUGAGCCUGUCUGAGCAACUGUUUUUGAUUGAUCAGUUAAGAAGUCUAAAGAAUAGAGCAAGGAGGACACAGAGGCAAAUUCAGAGUAAACUUGAUGAGGUAGAAAAAAAGAUAACUGUCUACAAAGAGUUUGCUGAGGGUAUAACUUCAUUGCAGCAAGACCUUAAUGAUCUACACUGUGGUGAAAUAAACCUGGAGCAAGAUGGAUUAUUAGGUGCCAAGCAGGAAGUGAAUGAUAUAUGCAAAUCACUUAAAGGAAAAUUAACCCAGGAGGUAGCAAAUGAAAUAAACAAAAAUGAGGUCUUUGAUAUGCCAUUCAAAGAAUCUAAGAGGAAAGAAAUAAAGAGCCUGGAGAAAGAUGUUGAGGAAUUGAAUCAGUUUCUUCAAGACUUGGUUUCUGGUCUCCAGUGUAUAAACAAGGAAAGCAUCCAGAAUGAAGCAGAACAUAUAUUCCACACCAUAAAGCAUAUUCAGUUAGAGCUUCAGCAGCCACUUCUCAUAGACAUAAAAAUGAUGAAGUAUGAAAAGAUGAGAUGGGAAGCAAUUCAGAAUAUGAUGCAAGCAAAAUUUUCUGCCCUUAAAUGUAUAUUGGAAAAAGAGAGGGAAAACCAAGAAGAAAAAUCUCUUCCUGCUGGUAUGGAAACAAAGCUAGAGACACUGAGAGAUCAUGAAAUUCAACUGAAGACAGACAUUGCUGCCCGUGUUGUAAGUAUUUCCAGUACAAGUAAGAGUGCUCUGGAGGAGGCAUGUAAGACAGGUGAGCUUUAUACCGAGGCUGUUCAGAGGGCUGCCAGGUUGCUUGAGGACUGCCAAGCUGGAAUUCACUCUGCUGCAGCAGAGCUCAGUAUCUCAGAAGAGGUCUGUCAAACCCCACAAUGGAAACAAGAAGAGUUCAACUCUGCAAAGGCCAACAUGGAAGACCUGCACUCCAAGCUGAAAAACCUAGUGGAACCAGAAGACAAAAUAUGUCUGGAAAAUACUUUAACAGAACUAGUGAAUAAGAGUUUGGCUUUAAGGGAGGAGGCUCAAAGAAAGGAAGCUGAUAAAAAAAGGUAUUUUGAAAAAUAUGAAAGCUACACAAAAACCAAAGCUAAGGUGUGUGAUAAUCUUAACAAACUGGAAAAGAUGCUUGGACAGUGUUUGACUCAAAUACCAACGUCUUAUAAAGAAGCUUUGGAGCACUUAGAAGAAAGCAAAAUUUUAGUCUCCAACAUCGACUCAGCUGAAGAUGACCUUGUGAAGCUGAGGCAGGUCUCUGGAGAACUGAUGAGAUUAUGCAGGAGAAGGGACAGGGCACUGAGCAGGAUGGUAACAGUGCUGUGGGAAAAUUGGCUGGGUUUGCUUGAGGCAGCAAAAGGGCUGGAAAUCACCUGUGAAGAACUCAAACAGGAAUGGAAAUUCAUCAAUGAAGAGCUGGAACGAGAAACAAUAAUCCUCGACAAGCUCCAGGAAGAACAACCAGAAAGUCUUAAAGAGAAAGAAAAGGCCACCAGAGACGAACUGGUAGAAUUACUGGAUUUUGUGAACUCAUUUGAGGAAAACAUCAACCAGCAACAGCUCCUCUUGCUCUUACUUCUUCACCGAGUAAGAAGCCUCAUGAGCAUGUCUGACAAUGCCGAGGCAGAAGCUGCUCUUCCCACUCUGUGUGAGAUACGGGCAAUGCAGGGUCGCUGUAAGAAGUUGUAUGAAAAGACUCAAGACCAUAAGGAUUCUGUACAAGCUGAGAUUGAAGAGAGGAACAAGAUAACAGAAGAAAUAAAUGCUGUGACAAAUGCAUUACAGAAUGCUGCAUCUGUGUUACUACAAGAUGCUACUGGAAAGGCAGCACUCCUGGAG